AGAGUAAAAGACGCAGCGGGCUGAAUCUGACGCGUUUGGCAAUUUUUGGUGCGAAGUUGGUCGAAGAAAAGACGAGCAGCUUUGUGCGCAGAGCAGACUUAAACACAGGACAGUCUCCUCUGUCUCUGUCAUCAUGGCUGUGGACGGAUGUGGCCUCGUCUGCAAAUACAUCAUCAUCCUGUUCGACUGCAUCUUUGCGGUGGCAGGCAUUGGUUUUUUGGGCCUUGGUCUGUGGCUGAGGUUCAGCAACAACACAAGAGCCAUAUUUGAAAUACAGGAACUCAACUCCAGCACAUUUGUAAUAGGGGUGACGGUGCUGAUAGUGCUCGGCUCAGUGAUGCUGAUCGUUGUCACGUUUGGAGACUAUGGAGCGUGCAGCGAGAAGAGAUGUUCUCUGCAAGUGUUCUCUUGCCUCGUUGCCAUCCUCGCCGGAGCAGAGAUAAUUAUUGGCGUGCUGGCCUACACCAAUCAUGACGAGGUUGGAAAGCGAACGGCAGAAUUCUACACCAGUUUGUACGGCGUGUAUGUGGCGACUGGAGACCCGGCCGUAGCGGUCACUCUUACGUUUGUGCAAAAAAUGCUUCAUUGUUGUGGCGUGUCAGGGAUUCCACUUGUCGACCUCGCCAAGAAAACCUGCCCAGCUCCAAACACUUUACUGGAGAAUCUGAAGAUGCCUAACUGCCCCUCGACGAUAUCUACGUUCUUUGACGAAAAGGCCCCUGUCGUGUUGGGCAUCUUCCUCGGCACCGGGGCUCUUCUGAUCACAGCCCUCAUCUGCAGCUCCACUCUUGCUAAAAAGAUUCGCUUGGCUGCUGCAUCUCCUCAAUACAUCAUUCUUAGCUCCACCACCUCCUCGUCUAAUCCUCCACACCCCCACCACACCUUCUACACCUCCUCCUCUUACCCUACCCCCGAUCAGGAGCCUGUGGUCUUCACUCCUCUCUCUGUAGCCAACCUCCCCGUUACACAACCUUAAAACUGUUUGGAUGGGAAAUGGGACUAGAUUUGACUGAAUUAUGUUUUUUUUUUUUAGGUUUUAAGUGAAAUAGUUUCAGAUCACAUCGGUAAAAAGUUCAGAUAUUAUGAAGUUCCAUUGGGUUUGUCUGCACCAUUUGUCAAAAACGCUGUCAAAUCAAUAAAGGAAUACAUUAAAAUAAUAUAAUAAUAAAAAAAAAAAUGCUUUAAUUGCUCCGCUAAGUUAUAAAAACAGUGAGCUCAAACAUACAUUCAGUGAAAUCUUGUUCCCAAGCCCUUUUAUUACUUUUCCGCACUCAUGACACUUUCUUUUUCAUCCUGAGCUUUCCAUUCAUGUGUUUUCUUGGUGUUGGAUUAAUAUAGACGCACACACACCCACACAAACCCUGCUCUUCAUCCCCUCCCCGCUUUGUGUACGACAGAUAACAGCGCUGGUCUGUUCAAUCAUCCUCCUGAAUCACCUCAAAAGGAGCCAGCGCGCCAUUGAUGCCUACUACUCCAAAGUCUACUAAGAAGACCACGUUUCAACGCACUGGGACGUGGUUAAACUUUUUUUUUUUAAUGUUAUCCGGGGCUUAUAACGAUGGAAACAAGUCGUCACGUCGUGCUCAUCUUAGGUCACUCAAAAGGCUGUGAGACGUUUAAAAAAAAAAUCACUGUUCACGCGUCAGGUCAUUAUGCAAGACAAAUCCAUUGGACUGAGGAGCAGGAGUUACGGAUUUUUAAAAUUCUUCCCACUUCAGGAUCUUUACAUCGUUACAACAGAAUGUGAAACGAUGGUGGUCCCUGUAUUUGAUCGUUAUGUUGGAGAUUUAAGUUCAUAAAGGGAAUGUUUGUAUGUUAAAAACAAAGCAGUGGUCCCAAACAUUUAUCACUUAGAUUCAUUUUUGUUGAGAUUGUAUUAAUGGAUGUGCCGUUUAAUAAUAAGUUCAUAAUUUUAGAAAAGCUUUAGUUAAGAACCACUUUUGUGAUACACUGGAAAUGUAAUAUUUUUGUUAUUUUGCAUUUGUAAAAAAACAUUUCAAUUACGCUUGUUAGCAAUAAAACACAAAGU